AAAUAAUCCAGAUUAUCUUUUGAUUAAAUAUCAUUUAUUUGUGGUUGCAAUCCUGAAGAGUGAUGAACAAAAGGCUGUGUAGCAGUUUAGUUUUCUUCGCCAUAUUUGGCGCAAGUUUUGCCUUACCCUUCCAGCAGGUGCAAUUGGCUAUAGAAGAUGUGUAUGAACCAACCCCCCAAGAUUGUCCAGCAUCCGAUGAUGGUCAUUCCGUUUACUUUCCGGCAGUCAAUUGUUCAAAAUUUUGGCAGUGUUCCAAUGGUGUUCCAUAUCUAUUUGAAUGCCCAUCUGGAUUAGAGUUUGACCCAGUUGCUAACGUUUGCGUAUAUCCAACAGUUGCUCACUGUACUGGUCGGGGAUGGUCAACUGAGGUUCCAACACAAGAAACUUCUACCGACUCAAAAACAUCACCUGCUCCUACAACAAGAACUACGCCAUCUCCUGCUACAACUGAACCACCAGCAACAACAGGUUCACCACCUAGUACAACACCGGAACCACUUACUACCAAAUCAACCUCUACAAUAACUAGUACAUCGCCAGCAUCCCUUUCUAGUACAACACAAACACCGCCCAGUACAACAAGUGAACCGCAUAGUACAUCAAGAAAACCGCAUACAACACAACCAACGCAUUCACCUCAUACCACACGAGCACCGCUUAGUACAACAAGGAAACCACGUACUACACAACCAACGCCUUCGCGUAGUACCACACGGGCACCGCAUAGUACAACAAGCACACCGUGUACUACACAACCAACGCCUUCACGUCAUACCACACGUGCACCGCAUAGUACAACAAGGACACCACGUACUACACACCCAACGCGUUCACCUCGUACAACUACACCUGAAAGCUCUGAAAGUUGCAAUCAUAGUUCCAGCUCGAGCGAAUCCGAUAGCUGCAGCAAUUCUAGCGGCUCCAGUGAUUCAAGCAAUUCUCAUCAUCAUCAUCAUCAUCAUCAUCACAGCGAUUCUAGCGGCUCCAGUGAUUCAAGCAGUUCUCAUCAUCAUCAUCAUCACAGCGAUUCUAGCGGCUCCAGUGAUUCAAGCAGUUCCCAUCAUCAUCAUCAUCAUCAUCAUCAUCAUCAUCAUCAUCAUGGUCAUCAUAAUCAUCACAGCCAUUCCAGUGGCACCAGUAGUUCUAGCAGUUCCAAUGAGUCCAAAAACCAUCAUAAGAAACAUGAAAUUCGUGAGAUCCAAAGAGAAGAAGAAAUACUGGAUAUAAAGCAAUUUUACAGAAAAUUGGCAUCAAAGAAAUAAUCCACACUAUACAUAAUAUACCUAGUGGAUAAUGGUAGAAAAUAAAAAUAUUUAAACUUGAUUUUAACUUUGGUUUUGGUUAUUUUAAUUUAAGAAAAAAAUAAGUGAUUGGAAAACUAUUUCCUAUCUGAUAUCAAGUAUAAUUGCAAUUUACAAAGGUGAUUUAUCUAUGCACGUUUUUUAAAAAUAAAAUAC